AUGUCCGAGACAGAAACGGCGGCGGCGGCGGCGACGUCGACGGAGCGGAAGCCCCGGCGGCUGCGGGGGCACAAGAAGGGCGCCGUCACCUGCUGCGUAGCGUCCUCCGCCCGCCCGGGCGUCGUCGCGUCCUCCGGCGAGGAUGGAUGUCUUUGCUGGUUUGAUUUGCGCACCAAAGAUGUGCUCUUGACCAUUGAGGCAGCAAAUAAACCUAUCUCUUCCAUCUGUUUUAAAUCAGGAAAUGAAGAUCAUGUGUAUGUAUCGGCUGGAAAUGAAAUCUUGUCCUUCGAUAUUCGUAUGGGAUCUCAAUCAAAGCCACUGGAGACAUAUAACUACAAUAGAGAUGAAAUCAACCAGAUUGCUGUGAGUUCUAAAGGCUAUCUUGCUGCUGCAGAUGACAGUGGGGAUGUUAAGAUUGUCAAUACCACUCAAAAGUGCUUGUACAAAAGAUUGAGGGAAGCCCACACAAGUAUUUGCAGCAGUGUACAAUUCAUUCCUUGGAGACCUUGGACAGCAAUUACUGGUGGCCUUGACUCAAAGCUUGCUGUGUGGGAUUUCUCCAAAGGGCGAGCACUAUUUUCUAUUGAUUAUGGAUCACCUGAAUUGCAAAAUAGCAAUUCUUCGGGUAGUACAGGGCAAUGUCUCAACCCUGCUUUCGUUCACUCGGUAGCAGUUUCUGAAGAGGGCAUUUUAGGUGGGUUGUAUAAAGUUUGUGCCGUUGCAAGGGGGGACGGUGUUGUUGAUGUAGUUGAUCUAGAAUAUGAAUUGGCCCCUGCAAAAUCAAAAGGCCCUUCUCGGGCAGGCGGUUUGGCCAUGAGCUCGAAAAGAAACGAUCUUGGGGAUGGGAGCAAUAAUCAAUGCCAAGGGAAAAGGAUCCAUCUUGAUUACUCAAUGGGUGGCCAUACUGCAGCUGUCUCCUGUGUAGCAUUUUCAGCGUUUGGUGAGAAGGGGAAGUUCCUUGUUUCAGGUGGUAACGACGCAUCACUGAAAGUAUGGGAUUGGUCCAAAGGAUUUUCUCCUGAAACAAACAGCAAUAGUGAAUUGGUGUUGGAUAUUGAUGUGAAGAAAAAGGUAAAUUGGUUGUGUACUGCUCCAACUGAUUCAGAUAACCUGAUUGUGUGUGACACAUCCAAGGUGGUCAAAGUAUAUAAUUUCCCAUAG